CCCAACAGACACCCCCUUCCCUACCCGCCUCUAAACCCAAUCACUACUUUGCCACUAUGCGCACGUUAGCUGUCUCCACUCACACUCUUCUACUUUCUUCUUCAUCAUCUUCCUUCUUCUUCUUCUUCUUCGUCUUCUUCUUCUUCUUCUUCUUCGUCUUCCUCCUCCCCAUUAUUCCUUUUCUUCACUCUCUCUCAAAUCUUAAAUCUCUAAUCCAAACCAUUUAAUUUAAUCCCCAUCUCAUCAAUAUUCCCUUUUGAUUUUGCUUAACAUGCGCUGCGCUUACACCCCACGCUGCAAUUCCCUGAAUUUACUCCUUCCCCACUGCGUAUUUAAUGGUUCUGCUUCUGCUCUCCUCGCCUUCCCUUUUCCUUUUAAGACCCACCUUUCUUUUCCUCUCCCCUCCAUUAUUCCUUCUUCAUCUUCAUCUUCUUAACCAGAUCUCUACGCCUUCUCUACUUCACUCCUCUUCUCCUUCUUCUGUAUGUCAUUUCUGAAUCCUCUCCCUUCCUCAGGACCUUCCACCUCCGAUCGGGUCCUACAUUUUCUGGGAUCAUUCCCCCCGGAGCCUUUCUUUCACUUCUUUGCUUCUUAUGUCUUCCUGAUCCAUGUUCUGUAUUCGGUUUUCUCUCUUUUCCUGAGAUGAAUCCUCUCUGCUGCAUUGCGCCGGUUUCUAUUGAUCGGGACCGGGCUAAUCCGGUUGUUGCCAAAUCCCCAUCUCACUGUCAUCUAGGGCUUGAUGCUCCUAUUAAGACUUUGAGCUAUGGCUCUUCUAAACCCACGUUCUCCGCUCAGGUUUCCUCGGUUGGGACUGAAUCGGACAAGCUUUCUGUCUCUGUUAACCAUGAAGGGGAAGACUCGGUUACUGAACCUCGGGAUUCUAAGGGACUUGUUGCCAAUGGUGGGGUUAGUGGUACCGUUGCUGGGAUUUUGUACAAGUGGGUGAACUAUGGGAGAGGUUGGAGGUCGAGGUGGUUUGUGUUGGAAGAUGGGGUUCUUUCGUACUACAAGAUUCAUGGUCCUGAUAAGAUUUUGAUGAGUCCUGCUAGAGAGAAAGAUGUUAGGGUGAUCGGAGAGGAUUCUUUGAGGUAUAUGAGAAAGGCUAAUUGGGGAAGUACUCGACUCGGAUUGUUGAAGAAGCAAUGCAAACCUUUCGGUGAAGUUCAUUUGAAGGUUUCUUCAGUUCGUGCUAGUAAAUCAGAUGAUAAAAGGCUUUCCAUCUUCACUGGAACAAAAACUCUUCACUUGAGAUGCAUAACGAAAGAAAACAGAGCUGCUUGGAUUGAUGCUUUGUUGUCUGCCAAAGAUCUUUUCCCCAGAGUGUUAUGCAGCAAUGAUUUUCUUCCAUCCCAGGAGGUUGUUGUUUCAACAGAGAAGCUUCGUUCACGACUGUCACAAGAAGGGAUUGAUGAGGCAAUCAUCAAUGACUGCGAAUCAAUUAUGCUCUCUGAACUCUCUGAGAUGCAAAACCAGUUGAAAGCUCUACAAUAUAAACAUGUUGCUUUGUUAGAUACAUUGAGGCGAUUGGAGACAGAGAAAAUAGAACUGGAAACUACUGUUGUGGAUGAAACGAAGGAACGGGAGUCUUGCUGUGGACAAGGGAAUAGAAGAUUCAGUGAUUUCUAUUCUGUUAUGUCGGAGGGAAGUGCAUCUGAUUUCGAUGGAGAAAAUGAGAGUCAAGAUGGAGGUGAUGUUGAAACAGAUGAAGAUGAUGGAAUGUAUUUUGAUACCAAUGAUUUCUUGUCUGCAGAAGCUUUUAGAAGUGCUUCCUAUCGUAGUAGGGAAUCCUCAGGAAUUGCUUGUGCAUAUGAUGGUGGUUCUUACUUCUCUGACCAUCUGCAUGAAAUCGAAAACCAGAUAAGGAUGGUGAAAUAUCCAUAUGUCAAAAGAAGAGACAGCCUCCCAGAUCCGAAAGAGAAAGAGAAACCUGUUGGCUUAUGGUCAAUUAUCAAAGAUAAUAUUGGAAAGGACUUAUCUGGAGUAUGUCUACCUGUUUACUUUAAUGAGCCACUGUCUUCAUUACAAAAAUGUUUUGAGGAUUUGGAAUAUUCUUAUUUGGUUGAUCAAGCGUUCGAAUGGGGCAAGCAGGGGAAUGACUUGAUGAGAAUUUUAAAGAUUGCUGCUUUUGCCGUGUCGGGCUAUGCUUCAACAGAAGGUCGACAGUGUAAACCAUUUAACCCUCUACUUGGAGAAACCUACGAAGCUGACUAUCCAGACAAAGGACUCCGUUUUUUCUCAGAAAAAGUAAGUCACCAUCCAAUGAUUGUUGCUUGCCAUUGUGAGGGAAGAGGCUGGAAAUUUUGGGCAGACUCCAAUCUAAAAGGUAAGUUUUGGGGGAGAUCCAUUCAGCUUGAUCCUGUGGGUAUCCUUACUUUACAGUUUGAGGAUGGGGAGAUGUUUCAAUGGAGCAAGGUCACUACUUCCAUUUACAAUAUCAUACUGGGAAAAAUUUACUGUGAUCACUAUGGCACCAUGCGAAUAAAAGGCAGUGGCAAGUACUCCUGCAAGCUCAAGUUCAAGGAACAAUCUAUCAUAGACCGGAAUCCACAUCAGGUCCAUGGAUUUGUGCAAGACAAUAGAACUGGAGAAAAGGUUGCACUGUUGGUGGGAAAGUGGGAUGAGGCAAUGUACUACGUGUUAGGAGACCCAACCACAAAGCCCAAGGGAUAUGAUCCAAUGACAGAAGCUGUGUUGCUCUGGGAAAGAAACAGAUCUGUAGCUAAAACGAGAUAUAAUCUCUCUCCUUUUGCAAUAUCCUUGAAUGAACUCACACCAGGUUUGAUGGAAAUACUGCCUCCAACUGACUCAAGGCUUAGGCCAGAUCAAAGACAUCUUGAAAAUGGAGAAUAUGAGUUGGCAAACGCAGAGAAGUUAAGACUUGAACAAUUGCAGAGACAGGCUCGGAAGUUGCAGGAGAGAGGAUGGCAACCUAGAUGGUUUCAAAAGGAUGAAGAUGGUUGUUACCGUUAUUUGGGUGGUUAUUGGGAAGCUAGAGACAAAAGGACUUGGGAGGGAAUUUCUGAUAUAUUUGGGCAACCCACAACAGAUCUGGUCCCAUAUUCAGGAGAAGAGUAAACUCCCACCUUGCUCCUCCUGCAUUGUUUUUAGUUCACUACCCUUCCUCUCUUUUUUGUUCCCAUGAUCUUAGUGGGAAUUUUUGCUGUAGGUAUUAGCUCCCUCUCAAAUUGUAGUAUUAGCAGUAGUAAUAGAAAGUCAAAUAUUCAAUACAGUGCUUGGUUGGGUGGUGGGAGGAAAAGAAAAACUCUAAAUCCAUUGGGCUUUUGGGCUGCAAAUAUUUGGUCAUUUCCAUUUACAGAAAACCUUGUGUUUGUAGUUUUAAAAUCUCUGCCUUAAUAUACCCAUCAACUUCUAUGAUUGCUUGUU